GUCAUGAUCCAGCGUGUUUGCUUUAUAGUUUUUACUUAGCUAAUGAGAGUUCAUUCUCCACCGCCACCACUUUUCAAGAGAAGGCGAUUCUCCGGCGUUCGUCAUCCCAUGGAUGCAGACGCAGCCAAGGCCAAGCUUGAAGCUGCAAAACAAAAAUUCGGACGAGAAAUCCAUGUUUUUGAAACAUCAACAGCUUCUGUAAAGCCUAAGGAAGAGUCUGGUGGCGAUGAGACAGAUGACUUCUAUGAGUUCACUGCAGAGGACUAUUAUAGAAUUUUGGCAACCAGAAAAGAAGAUAAAUACUUAAAGACAAGGAAAAUUCGAGAAGCAGAAGAGGCUGCUCGCAGGUCAAGAGUAACAAAGGCUGUCAUUAGGGUACGCUUUCCUGAUAAUUAUACAUUAGAGGCCACUUUUCAUCCGUCAGAGAAAAUUCAGAGCUUAGUUGAUCUUCUUGUGAGAGUGGUUGCUCGGCCAGAACUACCAUUCUAUAUCUAUACAACUCCUCCUAAGAAGCAAAUAAGGGACAUGACACAAGAUUUUUUUUCUGCUGGCUUUGUUCCUGGUGCAAUUGUAUAUUUUUCAUAUGAUUUACCAAAAGGUGACGAUAGUACAUUUGCUAAUUCUGGUCUGUUCCUUCAAGAGGAGAUCUUGUCUUUGAAAGGCUUGGAACUUGUUCCUGAUCACCCAGAGCCUAAGCAACCUUCACCAGAACCCGCGACUCCAGACUCACAACCCCAUGUUGUCCAAGAGCGCAAGCCUGCUGACAAAAAACUCGUUAAGCCGAAGUGGCUGAAAAUGUGACAAAGGCAGGGUUUCAACAUGUGAUCUUUAUUCAGUUGCAGGAGUGGCUAAAAAUUUAGGAGAUGGCACAUAAAAAUGGCAGCUUCUGCUGAUUAGUGAAAUGGUCCCUUCCUUGUGAGAAACCUUGUGUGGUGUUAAAGUUUCUACUUUCUUUUCAACAUUAUUGGGCUGUGGUUGAAUAUAUUUGUAAUGCCAUCGGUUCUUCUCCUAGCAGUAAAGUGUUUGGCUCGUCUUUGUUUAGUUGCUUUGGAUCUUGAUAACCAAGUUCUAUUUCCUCUUGAAAUUACAUUAUCUUCAUUCAA